CGCUUCAGAGCCAUGUUCAGGGCGGUUAUAGAAGAAUCAAACCCCAACAUAGAGUUAUAGUAGAGGGUGAACUACGAUGAUGGAUUUUGACGAGAGGGUCCCCGUCGGAUCGAACAUGUAUUUGCCCAGUUGCACUUAUUACGUGUCGGCGGGGGCUGAUUUCUCCGGUCUUCCCUCGUUUUUGUCCCAGUCCCCGUCCACCCGCCCCAUGACAUACUCCUACUCCUCUAACCUGCCGCAGGUCCAACCCGUCAGAGAGGUGACGUUCAGGGACUAUGCAGCCAUUGACGCGUCCGGUAAAUGGCCGCACCGAGGGAACUUGCCUCAGUGCUACCCCAGCGCAGAGGACAUGGUGCACCGGGACUGUCUGUCGGCGCAAAGCGCCGUCGUAGGGGACAUGUUCGGUAAAAACAGCCCUGCAGCCGCCGCUGCCGCCGCCGCUUAUCACCACCACCACCACCACCAUACGAGUGCCGGGUCCGCCGCCUCCAAUUUCUACGGGAACGUGGGCAGAAAUGGCGUGCUGCCACAAGCCUUCGAUCAGUUUUACGAGACGGCGUACGGCAACGCAUCGGAGAGCUCCUCCACAAAUGGCUACUCAGGGGACAAAACAGCGACCAAGCAGCCCGGCUCUGCGCCGGAGGAAGCUCCGUCGUGCCGGGACACCGAAGUAAAGGAGCCCAGGGAUGAGACAAGCAGCCCGGAGUUGUCUUCCGGCAACAAUGAGGAGAAAUCCAGCAGCAGCAAUGGACAGAGGACCCGCAAGAAGAGAUGUCCUUACUCCAAAUAUCAGAUCAGAGAACUUGAAAGAGAAUUCUUUUUCAGUGUGUACAUUAACAAGGAGAAACGCCUGCAACUGUCUCGGAUGCUCAACCUCACCGACCGGCAAGUGAAGAUUUGGUUUCAGAAUCGCCGCAUGAAGGAGAAGAAACUGAACAGAGAUAGAUUACAGUAUUAUACGUCAAAUCCUCUGCUUUAGAGGUCAAGACGACGUCGUCUCAGCUCAGAUAGCACUCUGUUGUGGGACCGAGUGCGUUCACAGACUGACUCUCCGGCUGUGACUCUCCCUGUGUACAUUGUGUACCACGAUGGCUGCGGCAGCAGCAGCAGAAGCAACACUGCUCAAUGGUUAAUUUCAAGUUCGAGGACAACAGUAUCCUGUGAUCUGAAUAACCUCAAGAGUGAGCAUGAAUUAAGACAGUCCGUGGACUUUGAUAUCGCUCUUCAGACUCUGAUUUUUUUUUUUUUGAGAGGGGGGGGUGGGGGGUGUAUAGAAACGGAAACUUUUUGUCCUAGCCAAGACUGUGCGUGCGAAGGCCCAUGUUAAUGUUAUUGUGGCUCACAGACGCCUUGUUUGUUUGUUUUUUUCAAACGGGCAAAAAAAAAAAAAAAAAAAAAAAAAUUAAGUCACUAAUUGACUGAUUCAGUGUAUUUUGUAAUCAAAAGAUUUAUUUUGCUUUUUUCUGUUUUUAAAAUCAGAAAAGUUGUGUAUUUAGGAUGAUGGCGGAUAUGUGACUGAAUCUAUAUUGGUGUGACCAAAUGAGUCCGAACAGGAUGAGAAUGUAACGUGUUUGUUUUGUCAGCUUAUUUAUUUUGUAGCCACUCGUUUACUAUCCCCUUUAAUGCCACGUCUAAUCAAGUCAAAGUCCAUUAUUACAGACAAGCCAUUGGGAUUCGUGGUGAGUCUGGGCUGACCUCAAAACAAGCUUUUGUCGUCUUUCCUGUGACCUGCAGAAUAUGAGGGCUGAGUAUUUAUAUUUUGAGUACCCUUCAAUGCCCAAAUCCGUGUUGUCCUCUUCUUUUGAUUUUUGGAGACUAUCAGGCGAGUAUUGAUGAUGCAGGCCAAACCAGAGAGAUAAGCUCGUCCACUGGAUCCGUGUGGAGUUGCACUGAGGUACACGCCCAACAUGUUCACACAGGUAUAUAUAUAUGCAGCGGCCCUCUUCGGUCUAAUAUCGAUACGCAUAACAGAAUAUUUUUCUUCAUGACUUGUGAUCCUUUGGUACUUGCAGUGUAAAGAUUUAAAAGAUACAUUUUCAAGUGUGCAGUCAGGGCAAGGCUGGUCAGGGUCACCGCAUUGAAUCAACUGCUUGGUUUGCCCAAUCUAUUGUGUAUUAUACUAUAUUUCCAAAUAAAAAAAACAAAUGAAAAGGUUAUUGAAAAAAAAAAUCAGUUCCUGCGUGGUCAUUCGUUUUUUUUUUUCGCAACAUUUUUUGUUUUAUUUAAUUUUUUUCUAAAUGUAGGUCUGCUGAAGAAUAAUACGCACCUGACAAUCAUUUUACGCCAAACCAACACAUUCAACCCACGCUUAUGUGUAGAAAACAGUUAAGACAUGACAGUGCGGCAGAGCUGAGUGGCUCGCAUGCAAAUUGUGAACAGUGCGACUUUACAGACGCGCGCACACACAUACUCACUACUUCAUGCAAAUUAAACGUAUAUUUAUUUUUUUGAAAAUGAAAGUUCGUACAGUGACGAAUUAAUUAUUAGAGCUGUCAGCUUUGUCAAACAAUGAUGUCACAUAAUCUUAAAUGUUUAAUUAUGGUACUACACAAAUGUAGAUCAACAUAAAUAUGCAAGAUAUUCUUUUUUGUGCGGUGGUUAAUUAUGAUUUUCAAUAAAAAAAGAAAAAAA